UACGAUAGAAUUGUCGGGUCAAAUAUUAUUGUUUUUUCAUAAUAGACGUCUUUUUACAUUUUUUUUUUUUUUUUUAACAAAUAAUUCACACUCGUCUUCAUAUGUGGUGAUUAAUGGUGAUUAAAUGGUACCAUGGAUCAGGUGUAGAGUCCGUGAUCGCAGAAGGCAAGAAGGAAAAAGAAGGCGGUGGUGACAAAAAAGAGAAAAAAAACGGUGGGGGUGCAAAGAAAGAAGGCGAGGCGAAGGCUGCCGGUGGUGGUGGUGAUGAUGCGAGCAAGAAGGAGGAGCCCAAGGUUGAGGUGAACAAAAUAGAGUACCAUGGGUACCACCCUCAGUACUCUUAUUAUGGUGCACCUGCACCUGCAUAUAAUCAUGGUUACAUUAAUGAGGGUUAUGGCGAUCUUGUACCCCAAUUUAAUCAAGGCUAUAUCAAUCAGGGUUACGUCAUGGAAUAUACCUCACACCCGACUCAUGUUGUGGACUAUCCAUCAACAUACCCGUCUCCGUAUCCGACUUACGUAAUGAAAUAUCCCUCAUACCCGCCUCCAUACCGGACUCAUGUUGUGGACUAUCCACCAUCAUACCCGCCUCCGUACCCGACUUACGUAAUGAAAUAUCCCUCAUACCCGCUUCCAUACCCAACUCAUGUUGUGGACUAUCCACCAUCAUACCCGCCUCUGUACCCGACUCAUGCCCCUCAAAUGUUCAGUGACGAGAAUCCUAAUGCAUGUUUUGUGAUGUAA